CAGUCAUGUUUGAAGGCAUAUUCGUUCACGCUACUAGUUGAAAUCGAGAGUUAGGGUUAUUUUGGUUUGCAAUUUACAAUUCUUAACCAGCAAAAAAUCGCAAAUAGGGCUUUGUUUGCGUCAUUACUGAUCUCCUGUUUCUUACUUGUAUAGCGAUCGUAUAGAGGGGGGAGAGAGAGAGAGAGGGGUUGUCUCCUAAGUUCACUUAGUAGACUCACACUCGAACAUUGGUUUGUGAUGAAAAAGCUUUGAUAUUCAUUUGUUUCACAAUAUUCUUUGUGAAAAACGACAGUUUCAGUGGCGAUGGCCCUCCCUCUCGGGAAGCUCACCAUCCUCGUCGGUGCAGGCCUUGUUGGAUCGGUUCUUGCAAAAGAAGGGCGCAUGUCAAAUGUGUCCGAUUUUUUUUCUGGUGCUUUCAAGAUUGUUUGGAAGCAAAUUAGACAAGAUGAUUCCACCCAAUCAAGUGCGAAGCCACGAAAUGACUCUUUGAUGGCCCAGGUUAAUAGCUUACGGCAGGAACUGCAACUCUUGGCAUCAAAUAGAUCAGUUACAAUUAUAUCAUCAAGUGGUUCAGGUGGUAGCAGAUACGGUAUAAUUAUUGUUGUUGUUGUAGCAGGAUAUGGCUAUGUUUGGUGGAAGGGUUGGAAACUUCCUGAUAUGAUGUUUGCUACAAGGCGCAGCUUAUCUGAUGCAUGCACUUCUAUAGCUAAACAGCUUGAGAAUGUUUACUCAUCGGUUUCGGCCACCAAGCGGCAUUUAUCUUCCAGAAUUGAUCGUGUGGAUUGUAGUUUAGAUGAGUGUGCCGAACUUACGGCUGGUACAAGAGAGGAGGUCUCUGAACUAAGAGGAGAAAUGAAAGUGAUUGGGGUUGACGUUCUGUCUGUUCACAAUGCAGUCCAAACGCUGGAGACUAAAAUUAAUAGAAUAGAAGGAAAGCAGACUAUGACGCAUGGAGGAAUUAUGAAGUUAGUUAAUUAUGCCCAGAGCUUAGAGCACGGCAAAGCCACAGAGCGUAUUCAGGAAGCGCCUAGUUCAUCCAGGCUAGCCCCUGAAUUGCCACAAUUGACACCCUCAUCACGGACUGAGUCUUCGCCUCCCAUUUUGUCUCUGGAACCACAGUCUCCCUCUGAUUCUAAUGGAUCUAACAAGGUAAAACGGACUCUUCAUAGUGCUGUCUCAGCAUCAGGCCUGAAGGAGCUUCAUGGAAUUUCGGGUGCAGUAGAUGCAUCGGGUGGUCCCGAAGUUUCUAAUGGGGUUCAGGCAUCAGAAGACACAAACAAUGGGUACUUGGGUUCGGGAAUGUUUGGGCGGAAGAUUCCUGGCAUCAGGGCUUCAUUUUUUACAAGAACCCGCAGUGCAAUGCAGUCCUUCAAAUAGACCGGGACACUUAAUAUGCUGCAGUAGUGACCAUUGAACCUAUAUAUAAGGGAUAUAUUUUUGUACUGGGGUAAAGGGAAAAUGUUUAUCAGGUUAGUUCUAGGGCUUGCCGAAGCCGAUCCCAAAGAUACAAAGGAGUGCCCAACCAUAUUCCUGGAAAGAGGACUAGGUUCUGAAUUUUGUAGAGCUGCUCUUUACAUUAUAAGAUUAAUUUAAGAUUACAUGUGUAAAAAGUCUAUAUAAAUAUUAAGUAAGUGGUGAAAAGGGGAAUGGCAGAAGGUUUCAUUUGAGGCUAUCCA